AUGGAGAAAGGUGAAGAUCUCAUAAAUUAUUUAGAUUCGUCAAAGAUAGAAAGAAAGAAGCAUGUAGAACUCGCAAAAAGAUAUCUAAAUUUUACCAUAAAAGAAGAUGUAAUUGUUACUUACUCCCCCCCCCCCCUCCGUGAGCGAACAAAACCAUUAGAAAAAUCGCCAUUUUUUGACCAAAAACCCACCCUCCGUGAGUGAACAAAAAUUUUUUUAAUAGAAAAAAAUUUUAAUGGAAAAAAAUUUUGAUAUAUAAGUGAUAAUAGUAUAAUGAAAUCUAGAGCUAAUUCUGUUUAAUUUUAAACAAAUUGCGUUUUAAAACAUAAAUUUUGCAAAUUAAAUUAAUAUUUGCUUCCCAAUUUUUGCAAAUUAGGAUUUUUUUAAUUUCGAAAAAAAUAUUUUUUAUAAAAUUUAUAUAUAAAUUUUUUUUUAAAAAAAAAAAUUAACCCCCCUCCGUGAGCGAACAAAAUUUUUUUGUUCGCUCACGGAGGGGGGGGGGGGAGUUAGAAACUUGAAAAGCUUCCCUUUCUUUAUUCUCCUAGCUCCCCCUCUCCGUGAGCGAAUAAAACCAUUUGAAAAAUCCCUAUUUUUUCCCCAAAAGCCCACCUCACCGAAUAAAAAUUUUUUAAUAUUAUGAAAACAAAUUUUGACAAAUAAGAGAUAAUUAUAAUAACGAAUUUCUUUCUAAUUCUGUUUAAUUUAAAACAGAUUGCAUUUUUAAAACAUAAAUUUUACAAAUUAAAUUAUAUUUGCUUUCCAAUUUUGGAUUUUUUUAAAUUACUAAAAAAAAAUUUACUAUAAAUUUAUAUAUAAAUUUAAAAACAAAAUUAAUCCCCCCUGGGGAAGUAAGCAAAAUCACUCUCAUCUUCACAAUUAUUCGGCUUCAGAAAGGCCGAAAAGGAGGCAUUUUAACUUCCCUUCAAUAAGAAAAAAGUCUCCGGAUUGCAUGAUCCUUUGUUUUGGCAAUCUGAAUUCUUUUUCGUCUAAUCUUAAAUCUUAAUCUUAAAUUACAGAUUGGUGGUAUUGAAUUGGUUACUUAGUCACAAGGACCCACAAGGAUUUAUCUGCUUUGCAAAAUCAUACACCUCAAUUAUUCGAAGGAGAUAAUUCUCCUGGGAGAGUACUCUGUAACUACCUUUUCCUCCUUAUCAUCCUUCUCCUCCUCCUCUUCUUCUAAAUCUGUCUAACAAGAGAGGCGUGCGUCAUUUUUGUUUGCUAGGGGAUCAGUGUCUAUUGAGUUGCCUAUGGAUUUCUGUAGCUCUGGCUCGGACAUAUUAGAGAAGUAGCUUGAUCUAGGCAAAACCAGGAGUUAACGGGUGCUAGGCACCUGCACUCAUCAGAUAAAGGAACAUAGACUAAAUCUCCCCUCGUAUCAGAGUGAAGUCCAUCUUCAUGGUCCUGAAGGAAUUGCCUGUUUACUUCUUUCCAAGCACAGGAACUAAGUUAAUCUACCCUGAUAUGCAUAAGCUCAUAUCAGACCUUAACCUCAUGAUUUCCACCCAAUUCGCCUUUGCUAUGAGGUUAAGAAAAUUACGUCAAAACGCUGGGUGCUCUUAGGUCUUCAUUUUAUGUAUCCUUUUUGUCUAAUCAAAAAGUCUGUAGUUAAAGAAGAGUCACCUUCUCAACUCAGAUUUUAUAAUCAUCCUUCAUCAAGGAGAGUUGAUUCAAAUGCAGACUUAUAA